UGCCGCUCUGCGCCAUGCUUGUGGCGGAAUCGAUGAAUUUGUGGCUGACCGACCAACUAGCCUAUUGGACAUCGGAUCCAUACACAGCAUUUCGCCUCACGACCGCCGUUCUUGCCACAUGCACGGCCUACUAUUGGUACACCUACCGCUUCCGCACGCGUCACAUAAAACCCAGCCCCUUUCUGGAAAAGCAGUCAAUUAUCCUUAAUGAUGAAAAGGGUAUUCGUGGUUCCGCUCUACUGGAUACAUUUCCAAGAGAUGACAAAAUGGAAACCUAUUAUGACCUUUUCUGCAGAGGAUUGGAGUUGUCGCGACACAAGCCAUGUUUGGGCCGACGGUACAGUUUCGACGACCCCAUUGAGUGGUGGACCUACGAGCAGGUCGACGAGCUUAUCCGCAUUGUAGGGUCUGGACUGACUCAUCUGGCUCAAGGAGAACCGCGUGACCACGAACUAAUAGUUGGUAUUUAUGGUAAAAAUACCCCUGAGUGGGUGUUAACUAUGUUGGCCUGCAGUGCCUACUCGUUCGUUGCACUCCCACUUUAUGAGACACUUGGUUUCGAAGCAAUGGAAUGGGUUUGUCAUCAAGCCAUCCCUUUCGCUGUCGUUUGCGACACCAUCCAGUUGGCAAAAAACUUACUGAAAUGGACCCGUGGCUCUUCACUUUAUAUCAUUGUCAUUCGGGCUUGCGCUGAGUUUGAAGAGUUCCGUCGAGAGCAUUCUGGUCCCUGUCGAUUACUCACACUCAAGGAACUACAGGAUGGGGACCGCGUGAUCCUCACUGUGCCUGGUUGGAGACACUACAAGAUAUGGCUGCCAACCGAUGUCAGUGGCGUUCUUGUCGUCGGUCUCAAUCCAGAUCGCCUGAGAAAUCGGUCAGAACCAUAUGCAGAUGCCCAAGGCCUACCAAAAGGCGUAUUGUUCAGCCACAAGAAUUGUGUGCUCGCCACGUUCUGCGGGACCCAUAUUCUAGUUAACUCGCAUAACACUAUCGACUUCACUAUUCCAUCCAAGACUACGUUCCUAUAUGCUGGUGGACGGAUUGGUUUCCUGACGGACGACGUGACUGGCUUGCUUCAAGACCUUCAGGCCUAUCGUCCCUGCUAUUUGACUUCGGUUCCUCGUGUGCUUAUCCGAGUGUACAAUCAAGUAUUGGAACGUGUGUCAUCAUCCAAGAUUCUUCUCAGACUAUUUCACUGGGCGAUCAAACGAAAAGUGGAAGAGAUGAGAAGAGGAGUAUAUCGAAGAGCCGGUAUCCUAGACUACAUUUUCUUCAAACCCGUUCGUGACAAGACCGGAGGCAACGUCCAAAUCUUGGUUUCAGCCAGUGCUCCAAUCGCAGACGAUGUGCUUAACUUCACGAGAGCUGCGUUCGCUGCCCCGGUCAUCGAGUGUUACGGACUGACGGAAACCAGUGGAAUUUUGAGUGCUACCUUGAUGGGAGAUUUGAAUCCGGGACACACUGGCACCCCGUAUAUCGACUUUCAGAUCAAACUGAUUGAUGUGCCUGAAAUGAAUUUGGUUGUGAAACGUGACGGUAUGGGCGAGAUUUGCGCCAAGGGUUCAGCCUGCACAAAAGGCUACUACAAAGAUGAGGAAAACACGAAGAAGUUGUUCGAGUCUGACGGGUUCUUGCUCACGGGGGAUAUUGGAACCUGGACUCCGGAGGGGUCUCUCAAAGUUGUUGAUCGGCGUAAAAGCUUUUUCAAACUUGCCCAAGGAGAGUAUGUAACGCCAAAGAAGAUCGAGGAGAUAUAUAGUUCAAGCACGUUGGUCGGUAAUAUCUACGUUGACGGUGAUUCACAUCAGUUCUACGUUGUGGCAAUCGUCGAACCGAACUUUGUAGAACUACGAAAGCGACUCGAAAUUCAUUCCAACGGCAUGAUGUGUAAUGGUACUGGGACGUUAUCCUCGUCUGACAAGACAGUCUUUAGUCUCCCGGUUGCAGCGAUGACAGAUAAGGAGCUUUGUGAAAAUGAGAAGGUCCGUGAGCUAGUGCUGAACGAACUCACAGAGAUUGGCAAGGAGCGCGGACUGAAAGGAUUUGAGCAGGUAAAGGCCAUUCAUCUCAGUGUGGAAGCAUUCACCGUCGCCAAUGGGAUGCUGACACCUACAAUGAAGGUAGCAAGGCCGAACGUUCGUCGAUAUUUCGCUCCGAUCAUUCAGGGAUUGUAUGAUGGUCACAAAUAAUAUUCAUUUACUAUGCACACACACACACACACUCAUGCUGCUCGCCAUUUACUGUCGGCCUCAUUUCGGGUACAACCCAAGACUUUCCUCCUAUGUCCACACACACACACUCACGUACAGCUUUGAGUAAAUAAAAAAACCAGUUGAAUUCCAUCUGGAUCCAUCUUUCCUUUCUGGCUGUCUCUUGACAUGACGGAAUACAGUUGUCCACCAAGUCGGUUAUGAACCGUGCUUGAUAUUCCGAUGUAUUUUCUAUAGGGUUUUAUCCAUUCAAACGACGCUGGCACGCACCUUCACACCCAUUUUCGUCUCUGUAAUCCAUUUUCGACACGGCACAUUUUCCAAUCUGUUCUUUGUGCAUAUGAUCUGUGAUUCAUGUGCCGUUCAAUUCAUUCGCCAAUAAAUUGUUUUUGGGACGAGGCGCAGACAAUUUUCGGGUCCACGAAUGCCGACAUUUUGACUCUGUUACUGGGAAAGUUGUUGGUAAAGAGGUGUU